ACCAAUAGGGCAUCAUGUUAGAGGUUUUUUUUUUUGAAAUUCAAAUUGUUCACCCAAAGCGGGAAGAAUAUAAAAGGUAAGAAGCAGGGUAGUGGAAGGAGGAACAUUUACUCCAUUUUGCAGAAACUCACUCCACUCACUCAGCAACAAUGUCGAAAUCACGGCAGCAACCUCGUAGCCUUAAUCAACGCCAUAGUCAGAUUCUCAUUAACCUUUCCGCUUCUCAUUCUAAACCCCCUCCAGAUGAUAUGACUAAAUUGGACGCAAGGCGAUUAUUCAAUCAAAAUGACGGAUUUCCCUCUUUCUCUGUUAUCUCUGAUUCCGAUUCUUCUCCUUCUCCACUUCGAGUUUCUUCAGAUGCUAUAGGAAACCACGCGGUUCCUAGUUUCUCCGGGAUUGCUGGUUUCAGUCCAGAUUCCUCUAAAUCUUCUGCUUCUGGAAACGUAGAAAAGACUGUUGAUCAAUCGAAGAAUAGCAAUAUUAAUGCUCUUGGGAACGAUGCUGUUGCUAAUUUCGCUGCCGUUGCUGAUUUCAGCAGUUCCGAUUCUGCUAAAUCUUCUCCUUUUGGAGAGGCAGAAAAUACUGUUAAUCAAUCGAAGAACCAUAAUAUUAGGGCUUUUGAGAACGACGGUGUUCCUAAUUUCUCUGCUAUUGCUGAUUUCAGUCCAGAUUCCGCUAAAUCUUCUCCUUCUGGCGAGGCAGAAGAGACUGUUGAUCAAUUAAAGAAUAACAAUAGUAGUGCUUUUGAGAACGACGCCAUUCCUAAUUUCUCUUCCUUUGCUGAUUUUAGUCCAGAUUCUGCUAAAUCUUCACAUUUAGGAGAGGCAGAAGAGACUGAUGAUCAAUUGAAGAAUAACAAUAUUAGUGCUUUUGAGAACGAGGCCCUUCCUAAUUUCUCUGCUAUUGCAGAUUCUGCUAAAUCUUCUCUUUGUGGGGAAAAGGAGAUUGACGAAUCCAAGCAUGACAUUCAGGAGGAAUUAAGUGAUCAACCUGAGAAUUCUUUCGAUUAUCAGUGUUUCGGAAUUGGGGAAGAGGAGAUUGAUGAACCCAGGAAUGGAACUCAAGAGGAAUUAAGUAACCCACCCAAGGAUUCUUUUGAUUCUCAUUGCUCUGAAACUGGGGAAAGGGGAACCAAAGAGGACCCACUAUUAUCUAAAUUUGAUGAUAACAGUUCUUCCCUGUCUGAAAACGAUGUUGCAGUGGAUAUGAAACCGUCCAAAGAUGUGCAUGAAAACUGUGAGGUCUCUCAGAAAGGCCUGAAAGAUUACAAAGAAACGCCAAAUGAAGGAGAGGAGAAAAUAAUGAAGGUGAAGAUCAAAGGUCGUCGCCGCCUUUGCAAAAUUUUAGAGGAUAACAAUAACAGUGAGGAAAUGAAGGUAAAGGAUAAUGAAGAGUCUGAACUUCUCAAGCUAACAGAUUUUGAUUCACCUCCUCCCCAUGUGAAAAAUGCAGUUCAGAAUGAACAUGGUAGUUGUGGUAACGAAAUAAGGGAUAUCCUGAAUGAUUUAAGUUCAAAACUUGAGAUUUUGUCCAUUGAGAAAAAGAAGGCUCCGAAGACCAUUGAUUUGACUAAGAAGAAUGAUAUCCUGGAAUACCUUAGUGCUGGUUCCUCAUUUUCACUUGCUUCUGGUUCCUCAUCUGAUUCAACCAAGGAGUCUAGGAUUGGAGGAGAAAUUCAUAAGGAGUAUCUGAAGGAGAUCGAUUCAGGGAAUGAAUCUAAGAAAGACUAUGUCGUCCGUAAUUUCAAUGAUACGAGAUCUUCUGUUGGAGCACCAAAGAGGAAAGAAGUUAAGCAUAUGGUUGGAAAACCACAGCCCAUGAAAAACUCUCUUUCUGCCUACAAAUUUCUAGAAGAAGGAGAUGCUGAUGACAGUGAUGGUGAAUGUGUGGUUGUUGGUGACAAGAGUGCUGUCACUCAAGCGGGAAGACAUAACAGGAUGGCUAGACAUGAGGGUCAUCCUUCAGAUGACUUUGAUUCACAUGAUUUUGUUUCAGAGGAGGAUCACGCUUACACUCUUAGCGGACCAAAGUUCAAUUAUGGGUUACCUGGUAAAGUUGCCAAAAUGCUGUAUCCUCACCAACGUGAUGGUUUGAAGUGGCUUUGGUCUCUUCACUGUCUAGGUAAGGGUGGUAUUUUAGGCGAUGACAUGGGUUUGGGGAAGACCAUGCAGAUAUGUGGCUAUUUAGCUGGAUUGUUUUAUUCAAAGUUGAUAAGGAGAGUGUUGAUUGUUGCUCCUAAAACUUUGUUGCCCCAUUGGAUCAAGGAAUUAACUGCUGUAGGGCUUUCUCAGAAAAUAAGGGAAUAUUUUGCGACUAGUGCAAAACUCCGGAAUUAUGAGCUUCAAUACGUCCUUCAGGACAAAGGUAUUCUCCUCACAACAUACGACAUCGUAAGAAAUAAUGUAAAAUAUUUAUGUGGUGAUCAGUAUUACGAAGACAGAAAUGAGGAAUUCACAUGGGAUUAUAUGAUUCUUGAUGAGGGGCAUCUCAUAAAGAAUCCCAGUACACAGAGGGCUAAAAGUUUGCAUGAGAUUCCUUGUGCUCAUCGUAUCAUUAUAAGUGGCACGCCUCUUCAAAACAACCUCAAGGAGUUAUGGGCUCUAUUCAAUUUCUGCUGCCCUGGGCUGUUGGGCGACAAACAAUGGUUCAAAGAGAAAUAUGAGCAUCUCAUUCUUCGUGGAAAUGAUAAGAAUGCGUAUGACAGAGACAAGCGUAUUGGUUCAGCAGUUGCAAAGGAAUUGAGGGAACACAUUCAACCAUAUUUUCUACGACGUCUCAAGAGUGAAGUAUUUUCUGAUGACUCCUCGAGCACCGCAAAGCUUUCCAAGAAAAAUGAGAUUAUUGUGUGGCUUAAAUUGACGAAUUGUCAGCGGCAACUCUACACAGCUUUCUUGAAGAGUGAGAUUGUCCUGUCAUCCUUUGAUAGAUCCCCACUGGCUGCACUAACUAUCUUAAAGAAAAUAUGUGACCAUCCACUAUUACUAACAAAGAGGGCAGCAGAAGAAGUUCUUGAAGAGAUGGACUCAACAUCAAACCAGGAUGACCGUGCUGUGGCAGAGAAAUUGGUUAUGCAAAUGGCCAAUGUAACUGAUAAACUUGAUGAGGAAGUAACACAUGAUGUUUCCUGCAAGAUAACAUUUAUACUUGAUUUGUUGGACAAUUUGAUACCCGCUGGGCACAAUGUGCUUAUCUUUUCUCAAACACGCAAGAUGCUUAAUCUACUCCAGGACGCUUUAAUAUCCAACGGUUUCCAGUUCAUGAGGAUAGAUGGAACCACCAAAGCUACAGACAGAUUGAAGAUUGUUAAUGAUUUCCAAGAGGGUCGCGGUGCUCCAAUAUUUCUUUUAACUUCUCAAGUUGGCGGCCUAGGUCUUACACUGACAAAAGCAGAUCGAGUGAUCGUUGUUGAUCCAGCAUGGAAUCCAAGCACGGAUAACCAAAGUGUUGAUCGAGCCUACAGAAUUGGGCAGAUGAAGGAUGUUGUUGUUUAUAGAUUGAUGACUUGUGGUACUGUUGAAGAAAAGAUUUAUCGGAAACAGGUUUACAAAGGGGGAUUGUUCAAAACAGCAACUGAGCACAAGGAACAAAUCCGUUAUUUCAGUCAGCAGGAUCUUAGGGAGCUCUUUAGCCUUCCCAAGGAUGGUGGUUUUGACAUAUCAAAUACUCAAAAACAGUUGAAUGAAGAGCAUGAUCAUGAGCACAAAAUGGAAGAGACUUUGAGGGCUCAUGUAAAGUUUUUGGAAACUCUGGGCAUAGCUGGAGUUAGUAGCCAUAGUUUGCUCUUCUCAAAGACAGCGCCUGUGGCAGCUGUCCAAGAUGAGGACGAAGUGAGAAUUGCACGAGAGAAGAUGGCAUUUGUUGGGAACUCAUCUUCGUACUCAUCAGUUGAACGUGCUGUUGAUGCGAGUCAGUACGCUUUUAAGCCAAAAGAUCUGAAAUCACAAGAAAAGUCUGUACCUACUAGAAUUGGUCCUACAGAAGCUGAUAUCAAGGACAAAAUCAGGCGGCUUUAUCAAAUUUUUGCAAACAAGGAAAUGAUCUCCAAGUUACCUGAUAAAGGACAGAGGAUACAAACGCAAAUUGCUGAACUGCAUAAGGAGCUGGAGAUUAUUGGAAUGGAAAAAGAAAAUAAGGAUGAAAUUAUAGACUUAGAUGAUGACUUAUCUGGACAAUUCCACAGGUCUGUAAAUGUGUAAAUAUUUCUCUGUCCGUAUCAACUUUCGUCAUUUUUGACACUUCAAAGUGAGCCUUUCUUUUUUUCUACAAAAAAAAAUUCUUGCAAUGUGGCCACUUGUUUACUUUUUGGGUAAACAUUUUUCCAUCUACUGCUAUAGGCAUACAGUGAUACCACUCUUGCACUUAAUCUGUAAUUACUUAACAUUUUUAAUUAGUUCCAUUACUUAACAUUUUUAAUUAGUUCCAUUAA